AUGUUUUACUAUAGUUCUCCCAACAAUAUGAAUUACCAUCAUCUGGUGCUUGAAGUAGCUUUAAAAUAAAAUACCACUCUUAUUUUAACUAGCGAAUGUCCUUCCCAUUUUUAGUCUUGCCUAUUGAAAUAAGGAAUAAAGAUGGAUGAUUUAAUUAAGCAAUAAAAACUACAAAUCAUAGAUCUAUUCACAUAAAACACUUUGUGGCAAGAAGAAGAAUUACCACUAACUGAGACAGCUCCUAAAUUAUGGUCAGACCCAUAACCCUAUUAAAAGGAUCUGUCGAAUUAUUUAUUGAGCUAAGUUAAGUAGAAAGUUGUCAUUUUGGAGAAUCUGUCCUUCUUUGAAAUAAUGUGUAACGAAAGAAAACUAAAACCUUUAAAAAUUAUAGAAGAAUUAUUAACAAAAUGUGAUUAAUUGCAUAUUUUUGGUUCUAAAUAACCCUUAAGUUAAGAAAGCGUGUCUCUAAUCAAUUUUAUCAUUAAGCAUUCAAUAAGUGUGACCAAUCUAUUGCCUAAUCAAUCUGGAUUCUCAAAAGAUAUUGAUGGUUAAAUGAUAGUUGAAACAAGACACGAUGGAGGAAUAUGCUUUGAAAAGUCAAUCUACAGUUUAGAUUAGAAUAAAGUUAAUUAUUUGAGUGCGUUAAAAAUGAUAUGA